AUUGUUUUUUUUUCUUCGUGAUUAUAUAUUUUGUCGUGCAAUGGAUGAAUUAAUAGAAAUUUUAAUUGAGUUGGAAGGCGAACCGUUUUUGAACGUGUUUAUUGAAAGCGGUCUAACUAAGGAAUCAUUGAAGCUCCUAAAGCCAAGCCAUUUGGAUACAUUGAUCGACACAUCGCAGUUUGGACCAAGGGUAAUUUUUGAGCAUAAUCUGCUCAAUUGGCAAGCGCAACAGGGAAUAAAAACACAAGCCAUUCACACUGAGGCAUGCGCUUUAUUGGCAAAUGAAUAUUGUGGCGAGGAAUCUUUUGAAGCAAUACUCAGUAAGUCGGCGGGUGGAUCACAAAUCCUGAAAUACUAUGCGCAAAAAAAGUGUCUCACUCCAAAGUAUAGGAAACUUCUAGCUGCAACAGUUGCAAAUUAUUUUAUUUCUGCUGAAGUACAUCCAAACCCUAAAAUAUUUGAAGCUUUCGCCAAUAAAAUUGUGGAUUUAUUUACGAGUGAAUCUAAAGUCUGA